CCGCUACAUAAAAAGGAUAAUUCCUUCAUUGACAAAUUUGUUUUAUGCUCCAGACUCUUAUGGGUGGGGCAUGAGCGAGCUUAAAAAUAGGCGUCAAAACUGUGUGAUUAUACUCUCAUAUGCGAAUUCUUACUGUGCAAUUCUACCUCUUAUUCUCCUAGCAUCAUUUGCUGCAUUUAGAUCACUGCCCCCUAAAAAGCCAGCA